GGCGAAGCGGGCGAAGGCAAGGCUAGAGUGAGAGGAGGAAAAUUUCGUUCUGAGAAAUUUUGCUUUCGUCGGGUAGAUUCAGCAUGCUGUAAGAUUAUAGAGCACUGUUUCAUAAUUCAGAAACAAGAUGUUUUCAGUGGUGCUCAUUUCCCAGUAUUACUGAAGUCUGAAGCUGAGGUCCACACAAUUUUUGAAGACCAAAUUUUGUUCCUUGCCAUGUCUUCAAUGUCCUGAAUAAAAAUGUUGCUUAACUGUGCAGCAAAUAUCAUGAUAAUUAGUUCAGGUUUCUCAACUAACAUCAAACAUCUUUAUCCAAGAUGCCGAACCUCUCAGGAAAAGUGGCGAUCGUCACAGGCGCCAGCUCAGGCAUUGGCGCUGCCACGGCUGAACACUUUGCAUCACUGGGCGCGAGGGUGGUGCUGGCUGGACGUAACGAGGAUCGUCUGAAGGAGGUGGCCGACAAGUGUCACGCGGCAGGAGCUGCGGCCGAUCAGGUCCUCACAGUUGCUGGAGAUGUGUGCAAGGAGGAGUACUGCCAGCAGCUUGUCAGUGACACCAUCAAACACUUUGGCCAGCUCGACAUACUGGUGAACAGCGCCGGCGUUCUGGUCGGAGGCCCCCUGGAAUCUCUUAGUUUGGAGCAGUACGACAAACAGAUGGAAAUCAACUGCCGUUCGGUGGUCUGCCUUUCUCAGUUGGCCAUUCCGCAUCUGAUGAAGACCAAGGGCAACAUUGUCAACGUCUCUAGCGUCACGGGGACGCGAUCUUUUCCGGGCGUCAUGGCGUACUGCAUGUCCAAGUCUGCGGUGGACCAGCUGACGCGAUGCGCCGCUCUGGAGCUGGCAGAUCGUGGAGUGCGUGUCAACGCAGUCAACCCCGGGGUUAUCAUCACAGAGCUUCACACCCGCUCUGGAAUGGGACCCGAGAAGUAUAAGAACUUCUUGGAGCACUGCAAGUCGACGCACGCUCUCGGUCGUCCUGGUGAAGUGAUGGAAGUGGCCAAGCCGAUCGCGUUCCUGGCCUCGGAUGAUGCUUCGUUCAUCACGGGUCAAACGCUGGGAGUGGACGGUGGACGCGGUGUCAUGUGCCCAAGAUGAAUCCGUGUCCUAUCGGGACAUAAGUGUUGUGAAUUGUUUUCACUAGUUUCGCUGUCAGGUAUCUAUCUACUACCUCACCUGGCAGGUUAUAUGGAUCUUCAACAUUAGGAAAUGAAAAGCUCCGAAGAAGAUACUUGCUGUCUCUUUGCUUGUGUGAGCUUCCUUGCAAGUUGGCCUUGCAUUAGCAUGGGAUUGCCAUGUGUUCCAUUUAUUUUAUGGCCCAUCUUGAGUUAGCGUUGAACUUAACGGAACAGUGGGUCUUUUCUUUGUUGAUUUUGUAACUAGGCAUUCUCGGUUUGCGAGGAUAUGUAGAUUGUAGGUGAAAUGCCUGGUAGUAUUUGAAGCAAGCAUGGACAUUUAUUUUUCAGCUUUUUUGCCGUGAUCCUAAUUUUGGAUCGAUGUGUGCUGAUUUGCGUGAUGCCUAUACGUUUUUGAGCGACUACGAAUAGAAAAUUUUUGAAGUCAGUUUUAUAAACAGC